AUGGUACAAGUGGAACAAUUUUCGGGUUCUCCAAGUGAAGAUCCUAUUAAGCACCUUGAUAGACUCCUUGAGCUUUGUGCCAUGAUUCAAACCAAUAAAGUUUCUCAAAAAUACAUCCGAGGGUUUAGUGAGGAAAAGAAGGAAGGAGAAGAGAGUGUGGGUGAAGACAAGAAAGUUGAGGAAGAGAAGGUUGUUGAGAAAGUAGGAAGUGUGGAGAAAAAGAAGUUUAAAGAUGAGAUGACAACUUCAAAUCCUAGUGAGGCUAGGAAUCUUGAUGGGCCGGUUCCAUUUCCUCGCCGACUUGCGGAGAGGAAGUUUAAUGACAAGUUUGCAAAGUUCCUUAGUGUGAUGAAGAAUUUGCACAUCAACCUCCCUUUUAUCGAAGUUGUCACACAAAUGCCUUCAUACUCCAAGUUCCUAAAAUAUAUUCUCACCAACAAGAGGAAGCUUAAUGAUGAGCUUAUCCCUAUCCCCCAUCAAGUGAGUGCACUUGUCCAACAUAAGAUGCCCAAGAAGCAAAAAGAUCCGGGAAGUUUCACUUUGCCGGUAAAGAUUGGGAACAUGGAAGUUAGGGACGCCUUAGCCGAUCUUGGAGCAAGUGUUAGUUUGAUUCCUCUAUCCAUUGCUCAAAAGCUUAACAUUUAA